AUGCCGGCCGCUCCCAAUGCCGAUCCUACGCAGCAAGGCAGCCCGUUGCCUCCCAAGAGUGUCACAUUUGAGUUGAUGUUCCCCGAAUACCGCGCGCGCUUGCCGCUUCGCGUUUCCAUAUAUCUACACGAUGCCACCGACUCCAUUGUAACAACCGUCAGAAACUUCUACGGUCUGUACGAGUCACAAGGAGUCAGCUUUGAGGAUGAGCAAGGCAACACCCUCAUCGCACGGUACGAGAACUUCCGCAACCACAUGAUCAUAUAUGUGCGUGUCCUUGAGAAUGUCAUGUCUCCCGCCCCGGGCGCCUUCGGCGCUCGCGGUUUCAACUCUCCGCCCGUCGGCGCCCAAGGCGCUGCCAAUGGCGAAGCCUUUUCACCGCAACACUAUGGGCAGCACAUCGCUCGGCCCGGUUCCGGGACAUCGCGCCUUCGCAGUCUCUCGCCGAACGGUGGGCGUGGCCGUCGCAGCGCCUCGGCGGGAAAGAACUCGGCGGCCAGCAAGAAGGGCCGGUCACGGUCGUCCAAGAACAGGGGGCACGGCUCCCAAGCAGCUGGCGAUUCCCACGGUGACAGCGUAAACGGCUAUAGCAGUGGUGACGGCGCGCCAGGCUCGAGCUCGGGUAAAACCAAGGAGCAAUUGGGGAAUACCGAGAUCAGCGUGGAGAAUAUCGUCGAAGGGGGCCGUCGCAAGCGCGCCAAGUUCGAGAGUUCGGAACUGCCCCUUUUUGCUCCUCCCCAAAUGCCGGCGGCUACUUCGAACCCUUCCGUCUCCCCGGCCCGGCGUAUCGAGCACCACCGACAAUCGCUUCCCUUUGUGCAGCCUGGGCAGAAUCCGUUUAGCAACCCUCGGCCACUGCAGUCACCGCAAAGCUACAAUAGUGGUUACGCGCAACCGGGCACGUAUGCUACUCCGAUUGGGGAUGGUCGGCGCACUCGAGGAAGCUUCGAAUAUACUCAGGGCAGUGCCGGCGUCGGCCCCGGGCAGAACACGAUGCCUACUCCCGACCCGACAGUUCAGAGCUGCAUGUCGGAAGAGGACAAAGACGUUGCCAUCCAGCUUAUGCGUUUGGGUGAAAUGUCAAACGUUUCUCACGGCCGGACUUCAGCCUCGACAUUAGAUGACACCUUCAGCGGGAGAGCGGAUGCGGCGUCGUCGACUGGCGCAACCAGCGAGGCCGAGAGUGGCAGUGAAGAAGAGAUGCCGCCUGCGCAGCGGCAAAAGCUGGACAUUAUGGGCAAUCAUAAGGUGUUUGACACGAUAGAGAGCCACUUUGCUGGCCCGCGCGAGAGCGUUGAGUCCAGCGGCGAUGAUGCCGACUAUGAAGACGGUCCCAAGGAGGGCUCAAUGGCCGCUCCGAAAAUCAAGAGCGAGAAGCCGAAGCCGAGCUCUGUGAACGGCGCCAAGCCGCGUCCGCAGCCCUUGAACAAGGUCAAGACUUCCAAGCCGGCCAGCAAGCCCAAAGUGAAGAAGAUAGCCUCCACCAUGGGGCCCAUGUCUCCGGCGUCUCUGCCGGCGUCCCGCAAGCAGUCGAUUGCGUCUAAUGGAACAUUUUCGUUGCUUCCUGGCGACGACGACAAUCCGGAUCUCUCGACCAAGCCAAGAUGCCAGCGCUGCCGCAAGAGCAAGAAGGGCUGCGACAGGCAGAGGCCAUGCGCUAGAUGCCGCGAUGCCGGGAUUCCUGCGGACCAGUGCAUCAGCGAGGAUGAGGGCAACGGGCGCAAGGGUCGAUAUGGGCGUCAUAUGGGCGUUCCCAUCAAGAUUGGCGACAUUCCAGCGCCGGGUUCCCUUUUGCCCGCUGCGCCCAUCGCAGCGACGGCGACGACUGCCGGCGCCGCCACCACAGCCGCCAUCCCCCCAACAGUAUCAGCAGCAUCUCUGCCACCUCUUGCUCCUGGCGCACUCGAUAAGAAUAAGAAGCGCAAGAGGUAG